AUGGUCCUUGAAACCUCUUGCAGCGGUGUCGACAGAAGCGUCAACGAUACGUUAGACACGAGCCCACAAGAUGCCGUCAAUAUUGCUGAGAUCAGAGCGCGAUUCCCAGGGCUACCGGAAGGAACAGCGCUUUUCAAUAAUGCUUCCGGAACCGUUGUUCUGAAAGACGCAAUCGAAAGCGCCAGCACGCUCAUGCAGUCAAUGCCAAUGCCCGGAGGAUCGGAUCCGAAGAGCAUGGCAGCAAUAUAUGCAUACAAGAAUAAUAAAGACACGGUCGCUGGAUUCUUGAAUGCAAGUCCCGAUGAAAUCAGUAAGUCAUCAAUGAUUCACCACGGGUAG